CACAUCCGGCCCAGCGCAGCGCGGACUGCUGAAAGCCGUCCGUUUUAAGCUUUCAAUUUCUGCAUCAAAUUGUACGAAAUACUUUCCACCUUAAAACGACUUUUUCUUAGAAAUUUGGACAAAUACACAAUUCUGAUGAAGAUAAAUAUCUGCGAAUUAUCAUUAAGUCCGCGCUGCACUUUAAUAGGAUGUUAAUGUCUCUCCAGCAAAAUUUUAAACGUGUCCCUCAGAAGUUUGCGGUUAUUUUGUUUCAUCUGCAAGGUUUCCUUUUAAUAAGUCAUCUCAGGGGAUGUCUAUCACUGCUGGGUGAGAGUAAAAAAUCUAACUCAUGGAAAGUAGAGUCCCCGAAGAAGACAUCAUCUGAGAUAAUUGCUUAACUAAAUACGCACCAAAUUAUCCCGGAAAUAGUUAAAGAAGUCUCCACUAAUGUUAGCGUGUGUGAGGUGUCGUACGAUGAUACAGUGGUGAAUUUUGGGAAUAUCAUCAACUAUACUUACAUUCAAGCACAUGCACCCACACAUGUAAAGUGGCCGUUUGAAAAGGGCAUACUUUACACACUCAUCAUGACAUCGCCGGAUGCUCCAGCAAGAGAAUACCACAAAGAACGUGAAGUAAUAAUGUGGUUAGUUGGCAACAUACCGGAAAAUGACAUAGAAAACGGAACUUCAAUAGCUGAUUACGUGGGUAUGGUGCCAUUCUAUGUGGAAGGUCUUCAUCGCUACAUAUACUUCGUUUAUGAGCAAGAGGAUGCAGGUGAAAUAGAUUUUUUAUACGACGAAGUUUUUCUCACUUCAAAAGAGCCUGUUCUUUUGCGUGCUUACCAUGACUCCGAAGAAUUUCGUCAGACUCAUGAAUUAGGAUCAAUUAUCGCGACGAAUUUCUUUUACAUGAAUAAUGAAAAAUAAGGCAUUAUUUAUUCAGUUACUUCAUCUGAAUUUCAGGUGAAUUCUUUGAUUUACCCUCAUUAAACGUUUUUAUUAUGGUGCAUAGAUUAUAUGAAAAGUAGAUGUGAAAAGUACAAUUCCAUAAGACUCCAAUUAAUAAUCAAGAUCAAUGGUAUUAUGUAUAAAUCUGACUAUCUUAAUUCCUUACCAAGCAACCUGAUAAAAAAAUAAAGAAAAUAGUUUUCAACAUGAGCCCUCAC